AUGGGGACACUGCGGGACCUCCAGUUUGCCCUGCAGCUAAAGAUCGAGGAGCUUCGCCAGAGGGACACGCUGAUAGACGAGUUAGAGCUGGAGCUGGACACCAAGGAUGAACUUAUUCGCCGACUCCAGGAGGAGCUGGAUCGCCACAGAGCCACCGUCUCCCUCCCAGGAGCCUCUACAGCCAGUGCAGUUUGCUCAGCUCAAUUCGAGGACGGAGCCAAAAGGAAGACAGUCAUCUUUGAGCCUUUCAGUCUGGAGCCGGGGAAUCUGGCCAUGGUUUCACAUAAAAGCUGCUGUGACAAAAGCCAGGCGUCCCACAGGCUGAUUCAGGCAGCGUUUUUGAAAAACGACUUGUUGAAGAACCUUGACGAAGGAGAAAUCGUGGCCGUCAUCGCCUGCAUGUAUCCCACCGCCAUCAAUCAAGGCUGCUGUGUCUUUCAGGAGGGAACCACCGGGGCCCAGGCUUAUGUUUUAGAAGAAGGGAGGAUGGAGGUGACAAAAGACAGAGAGAGGCUGCAAACAAUGGAGCCGGAGGAUGUGUUUGGAGAGCUGGCUCUGCUCUACAACUGCACACACACCUACUCUGUCUCAGCACUGAUGGACAGCAGGCUGUGGGUGCUGGACUGCAAGAGCUACCAGACCGUCCUCAUGCAGAGUGGUCUCAACAGCCUGUCUCACACUAUGGAGCUGCUUAGCAGCGUUCCCUUCCUCCAGUCGUUGCCAGAGGAUGUCAUCAUGAAAAUGUGUGAUCUCAUGGAGGAGAGGCUCUAUACAGAAGGAGACUACAUCACUCGACAAGGGGCCACAGGAGACACCUUUUAUAUCAUCAGCAAAGGCCAGGUGAAAGUGACUGAAAAGAAGCCGGGGCACGAGGAGCACACAACCCAUUCUAAACUCUCUGAGAGACACUGGUUUGGAGAAAAAGCUCUGUGGGGAGAAGAAGUUCACACUGUGAGUGUGGUUGCUGCAGCUCCAGUUACCUGCCUGGUAAUAGACAGACAGAGCUUUAAAGACAUCAUCGAGGGGUUGCCGUUAGGCUGCAGUGACGAGAUGCAGCAGAGCCGUGACUCCAAAGUCGAGUCAGACGAGGAUGACAGCCUCCUCUCAUCCUCCACCUUAAGUGAUUUCCACAUCCUUGGCACUCUAGCAACUGAGGAGUUUGGUCACGUAGACCUGGUUAAACUAAAGAGCGACAUCAACUGUCUCUAUGCCAUGAGGGUCCUGAGGAAGAAGCUGAUUCUCGACAGUGGCCAGCGAGAGCACAUCCUGAGAGAGGGGCGCAUCCUCAUGGACACUCACUGCCCAUUCAUUGUCAGGCUACAUAAAACCUUCAGAGAGCCUGAGUGUCUGUACAUGUUGACAGAGGCUUGUCUUGGAGGGGAUCUAUUCAGUCUGCUCACAGAUAAAGGAUGUUUGGACGAGUGCAGCACCAGGUUCUACACAGCUUGUGUUGUCGAGGCCUUGACCUUUCUCCACCGCAGAGGAGUCAUCUAUAGAGACGUCAAGCCGGGAAAUGUUGUGCUGGACCAACACGGUUAUGCCAAACUGGCUGGCACCAGAUGUAUGAAGCAGGUGGAGGUGGGUAAGAGAACCUGGACGUUCUGUGGCUCACUGGGCUACAUGGCGCCGGAAAUGAUCCUGAGCAGAGGCCACAGUCUGUCUGCAGACUACUGGUCCCUGGGCGUCUUUGUGUUUGAGCUGCUGAGUGGUGGGCUCCCGUUCAGUGGCUCUGACACAAUGAAGAUUCUCACUGCAACAAUUGGUGGCAUCGAUCAGAUCGACUUCCCCGAGAACAUCAGCACAAGUGCCUCCAGUCUCAUAAAGAAACUGUGCAGGAGCAGCCCCUCUGAGAGACUGGGCAGUCUCGGAAACGGGGCCAAGGACAUCCACAAGCACAAAUGGUUUGAAGGAUUCGACUGGGAAGGACUUUAUAAAAAUACAUUAAAAGCCCCAGUUAUUCCCAAAGUGAAGCAUCCCUCUGACAGCAGUGUCUCUGGGGACUACACUGUGGACGCUGCGGAGCUGCACACAAACUGGGAGGACUUCUGACGCCGUGUGAGCUGUGAACAAUCGGGGUGAAAAAAAUCAUUCAGACAAUUCAUCACUCACAGGUUUAGUCCUCAUGAUUAAUUCAUUACUCCCCAUCAAGAAUUCAUUAUAUUUUCAGACAAGAACAUUUUUCCACAGUAUCAGUUUGUGUUGCUGUUUGAUAAAUGACCCUGCUGUCGGCUGUGUUGAGCUGAGA